AUGCCGCCGCCCUCUGGCGCGAGCUUCGCUCAGUUCUUUCCCGCCGCCCCUCGCGCUGCGAGGGACCGGGCCAUCGAACGCGAAAGAGCUCGAUCCAGGGCUGACGACUCGCCGUCUUCGCUCCCGCAAGGCGACCUCAAUGGUCGCCGCACCCCCAAUGGUCAGCCCGACGACGGUUCCUCAUCUCGCUCCCGCCGCGACGCCUCAAUAUCAGACGCCCCUCACCCACCCGCUGAUGACAAUGAGUCCUUGACUGGAGAUACACUCAACACCGUCGGCUCCGCCAGCUCUCAUGCCAGCACCGCUUCCUCUGUCUUUAGCGCCGCCGCGCGACAGAACGGCAUACCCCUUUCGAAGUACUCAAACAGUCAUCUCACACCGCUCACCACUGCCGACUCUCCGUCGUACUCCACCUCUUCAUACACCCCCAAGCCGAGCUCUCAAACACCUCGACAUCCCGAUGCAGACAUGUCUCAUCUUAACCCAACGCCGAAUGGCAACGGCUGCUUGCCCGCAAGCCUGCAAGUCCAACGCCCUCCUGCGCGCGAUCCAGAUCGUCCGGUGAAAGGCAUAAGAUGCACAUAUGACCCUCUGGCCGACAAGACCUUGUCCAGUUCCGAGAAACGGAAGGCGAAGCCGACAUAUAAGGAGUUCGGAAUGGAAGAUGACGCUCCCCCUUCGGAUCCCCGCCUCGGUAAGGGUGGGAGGUUGAACUACAUCAACGUUGACUUCCAUCUGCCUCGGGCUCGCCUGCGCCAGGCCCCCUACAACCUCAAGCCAUAUGCAUAUGACCCCAAAACCUCGAUUGGUCCUGGUCCGCCCACGCAAAUCGUAGUCACCGGGUUCAACCCUCUCCUCGCCUUCUCCAAGGUCGCUGCUGUGUUUUCGUCCUUUGGCGAUGUUGCCGAGAGCAGCAACAAGAUGCAUCCCGAAACAGGCACCUACCUUGGCUUUGCGACAUUUCGCUACAAAGAUGCCAAGCCCAAUAGGACACGGCCUGUGGCAAUAUCUGCCGUUGACGCUGCGAAGCGGGCUGUGCGGCACAUGCAUGGCAAACGGAUCGAGACGAACCAGGUCCGCGUAGAGUUCGACCCCGAAGGCAAGAAGAGCGGUCGCAUGUUGGAGGAAGCGUUGAGGCAGGAGAAGGAGAAGUCGAAGCCCGCUGCGCUCGUGUACAAGAUACCCACUGCUCCGAGAGCCGGACCUGGCGUGAUUCCAGGCCCGCCGCCGACUGCGCCCAAGGGUCCCGCGGCUCUUCGGCAGCCCGCUGCUCCUGCUACUCCGACGCCCACGGACCCCACGAAGUUGCCGACGAUGCCCAGGAUACAGAGCCUGAUCGAGCAGCAGCCCAUCUUGUCCCAAAUCAAAAGCGAGCCGUACAUCUUUGUCGCACACGAAUAUGUGCCUGUCAUGCACCAGACGAUUGCGCACAUGAAGAAACGGCUCAAGACGUAUUCAUUUGACGACAUUCGUGCGGACCGGACUGGAUACUAUAUCAUGUUUCGGGACAGUACAUACGGCCGAUCCGAAGCAGACCGGUGCUACAGAUCAGCAAACCGCACAGCAUUCUUCACCUACGAGCUGGGAAUGAAACUGGCUCUGUUUGGCACCGUUGGCCAUCCAGGACAUGCAUCAACAUCUGAAGCACGGCACCGGUCCCGGUCUCCCGAAAGAAAACCCACAGCAGAAAGCCGUCAACGGAACGAGCAAGAACAAAGACGACGCGACGAGGAGGCAGACAUUGAUGAGGAAAAGAAACAGCGAGCCAAGAACUUUGAUCCAGUGCUGGAAGCCAUCGAGGUCAUCCGCCGCGAGAUGACCGAACACCUCAUCAAGCACAUCCGUACCAAGGUCGCAGCGCCUGCCCUGUUCAACUACCUCGAUCCAGUCAACCACAUCGCGAAGCGCAGGAAACUCAAUCUCGAAGGCCCGGAAGCUUCGAGGUUUGUGUCCGUGACAUUUGAUGAGGGAGAAGAUAAGUCACCCAUCAGCACUCCCAACUCGAGGGCGGAUCCCAUCGAGCGCCGGACAGCUCGCCUCGAUGUCACUGCCCUGCCCCGGAUCCGAAAGGUCAAGAAUGGCGGGUUGGCGGCCCGCAAGCAGGGUUUCGUCGACCCAUUUGCUCGCAAGCGGCCUGCGGCCGUACGCAGCGCCUUCCGCUCACUUCAUCACCGGCUCAACAUCGAUAGUGACGAGGAGUCCGAGGAUGAGAACGACAACCGUUUGUCGAUUGCAAGGGAUACCGAGGAACCCGAAUCCCGUCCUCGCAGUCGGAUGAGUACUGAUGACGAUGCUUCGCCAUGGGGUGCGGCCGAGGAUGACUCAAUGACGGAGGCCAGCUUCGCUGUCAAUGACAGCGCAGCUUUACCUUCCAAGAAGAGGAAGCUUGACCUUCAGAUUGAGACCGCUAUCAAACGGCAAAAGAAGAGCGAUGAAGAGCUCUUUGGCGUAACAAUCGACAAGAUCGAGACAGAGUUCCCUCUCAGGGACGAGACCGAGGACAUUAUCCUGCCCGACGCGGAUGUGAAGGAAGAAACAGACAAUUCCCGGAUGCCUACACCUGUGCCCGGCGAAGGCCUAGAGAAGAAGAAGCCGGCAAAGAAGACCAAGAAGACGAAGAAACAGCUCUUCGAGGAACGCGAAGCACUGAAGAGGCAGCAGCAAGAGAUCUAUGAGCAAGAAGCUCUGGCACAGGCAAAGGCCAAGGGACGUAAGGCAAGUCCAGAACCUGCGCCAGAGCCAGAGGAGGUCAAGGAAACCAAACCCGAGGGAGAUAGGGUUCUUCUGGAUAAGAAUCUGUAUCCAUCGACGCCGGUCCCUGCCCUCGUGCUGCCGAGCGAUUUCCUCCUGGAUGUUGAAACUUUCCAGUCCUUGCCACUAGAUGACAACGACAGGCCAGACCUGCAAAGACUGAAAAAGAAAUUCGUUGCGAGCGAUCUCGACGACCCGGAGUACUGGCUCUGGAGGCGUAAUAGAGUCAAGAGCCUGAAUCUGGAGGAGCCAACUCCGGCAGCAGUCCCCACCAUCGACGGCUACUAUGUCGCCAACUCGACUGGCUGUGCUCGAACGGAGGGAGUGAAGAAGAUCCUCAAUUCCGAGAAGUCCAAAUAUCUGCCGCAUCAUCUCAAGGUCAAGAAGGCUCGGGAGGAGCGCGAGGCCAGGGCCGGGAAGACUGGCAAAGCUGUUGCGGUCGCUGCCGCCAAAGUUGCUACCGAAAACUCGGUGGCACGCGGCAGCUCUCGCGCCAACCGUGUCAACCAGCGCCGCUUCGUCGCCGACCUCAACGACCAGAAGAAGACGCUGGGCCAGGACUCGGACGUGCUGCGGUUCAACCAGCUUAAGAAACGGAAGAAGCCAGUCAAGUUUGCCCGAUCUGCCAUCCACAACUGGGGUCUGUACGCUAUGGAGGCCAUACCCAAGGACGACAUGAUCAUCGAGUACGUGGGCGAGGAGGUGCGCCAGUCCGUCGCCAACAUCCGCGAGCACAGCUACGUCAAGGCCGGCAUCGGCAGCAGCUACCUCUUCCGCAUCGACGAGGUCACCGUCAUUGACGCGACCAAGAAGGGCGGCAUCGCCCGGUUCAUCAACCACAGCUGCAUGCCCAACUGCACGGCCAAGAUCAUCAAGGUCGAAGGAAGUAAACGUAUUGUCAUCUAUGCCCUCCGGGACAUUGCUCACAACGAGGAAUUGACGUACGACUACAAAUUCGAGCCUGAGGAAAAUCCAGAAGACAGGGUUCCUUGUCUCUGCGGCACGACGGCGUGUAAAGGCUUCCUCAAUUGA